GCUAUCUACACAACACGGAAGCGGAAGCGGAAACCAUUCAGCUAAGUUGUAUCUACGAAUCAUUCCUAUCUUGACGAUAAUUAAGUGAGGGGUUUCAUCCCAAUCCAAGAUGUUGCAGCCUUUGCGUUUAACCAAUUUGGAACUGCACCAGCUAUAUCCAUCAUAUGUAAGAUCUGUGGUGAUGCAGUAGGGAAGUUAUAAAGAGAGUCAAGGUAAAACCCUCUUAUGUUUUCAUUUUUGGUCAAACAAAGCCUUCAUCUUGUCAUUUGGUUUCGAAUAUAUCAAUAUUCGUGAGUUUGUUUUAUCGAGAUCAAUCUCAUCUUAUAGUCUUCAAUAUCUCGGUCAACAUUUUGGCGUCAAUCAACAUUAGCUCAAUGGCGAAUUCUUGGAGAGAAUUGGAUAUCGGUGUGAUUGGCGGUGGAAUAGGUGGUCUCGCUGCUGCAACAAGUUUACGACAAGCCGGACAUCGAGUCACAAUAUAUGAACGAGCGGAUUUCGCUGGAGAAGUUGGUGCUUCUAUAUCUUGUGCGGCGAAUGGCACAAAAUGGCUCGAGGAUUGGGGUGUCAAUAUCUCAAUUGGACGACCUGUGGUUCUAGAAAAACUUAUAUCGCAUGAUUGGAAAACUGGAGAGGUUCAAAAUGUCUAUGAUUUGGCCGACUACAAGAGUAGAUGGGGAUACGUUUAUAAUAUGUUUCACAGAGUCAACAUGCAUGAGAUGUUGAUGGACUCUGCUACAGGGUCAAAUCAUUCCGGCAUCCCAGCAAUCUUAAAAUGCAAUCACAAAUGCGCCGAGAUCGAUCAUGAACAAGGUGUGGUUACAUUUGAGAAUGGUCUAACAGUCAAACAUGAUUUGAUUAUUGGCGCAGAUGGUAUUGGGUCACAAGUACGCAAAACUCUAGGAAUUGUGCCGGAUCGAGAAUUAUCUACAUCUACAUGUUUACAUUGUAUCAUUGAAACAAAAGAUGCAAGGAGAUUAGGACUUCGAGAUCUAUCGCCGAAUAGUGCUAUCGAAUUUUGGGGUGGGCAAGGAAUUCACAAGAUUGUAUUUUCACCAUGUCGAGAUGGAGAAGUUCAUUCAUUCUAUUGUUUCUUUCCAACAAACGAAAGUCCUCAUGCCGGCGAAGGAUGGAAUAUAAAUCUUUCCGUUGAGGAUAUUCUCAGACCAUUUCCUGACCUCGAUCCGGAACUUCUUGCAUUAUUCAAGAACUCAACUGACGUAAAACCAUGGAGAUUAUUUGUUCAUCAACCAUAUCCAUAUUGGCAAAAGGGUACUACUUGCAUUCUCGGUGAUGCAGCACAUCCUAUGCUUCCAGAUCAAAGUCAAGGGGCAUGCCAGGCUUUAGAAGAUGCCGCUGCAUUGGGUAUAAUUUAUGGAAGGAAAUAUGGAUUUGCCAAUUCAAAAGCAACCAUUAGCGAGGGGUUAAAGUUGUAUGAACAAAUUCGUAAGCCUAGAGCUUCUCGAGUGCAAGCGGCUAGUGCUCGUGCUAGGGUAAAUAUUAAUGAACGGAUCGGAUUUUCAUCGAAUACCAACAACCCUAAUUACAAAGUAUUGGAUGAAAAGAAGAAAUUGACAAUUGAGGAGAUGAAUGAAUAUGAUAUGGGUUUGGAUAUCGAGAGACAUGCUUCGGGUACACAACCAGAAGUCGAGAUGAGGGCUAGCUUAUAGGCUCAAGUACUUGCUGUUCUGGGUUUCGGGGGUAGUAUAUCGAGGAGUAUAUCAAGGAGUUAUCAAGGAGUUAUCAGGGAGUCAUCAAGGAGUCAUCAAGGACCACAUUAAGGAGUUACCAAGGACAAGGACUCAUCAAGGACUCAUCAAGGACUCAUCAAGACCCUUAAUUUCUGGAUAUUUUAGAUGGCAUAAUUCACA